UAGAUAACCCGUCAGACCGUUGUUAGUUGGGAACUUGGAAGGAAAACGAAAAAGCCAAUUCGAAGCAGCAGAAAAUGAAUUGUACGGCCUUCAAAUUCAAUCCCACCACUCCGUUUGUCCUGGACAAGCACGCUCAGUUUAUACCAGCGACACGAAUCCGAAACCCGCACCGGAAUGUCUAUAGUUCCGUUGGUUUCAGUUUUACCAGGAAGAAACUCAAACGAUGCCGCCACUUGGCUCCUCCAAACGCCACCUCCUUGGUUGAAUUGGAGCUCCCGCUCCUUCCCUUUCCCUUGAACGAGGUUCUAGUUCCCUCUGAGAGUAAGGCAUUGCACUUAUAUGAAGCAAGGUAUCUAGCUCUACUGGAGGAGUCGUUGACAAGGAAGAAGCUUUUUGUGCAUUUUGUGUUGGAUCCUAUCAUCAUUGACAAUUCAUCAGGAGAAGCAUCCUUUGCGGCCAGAAAUGGUUGCUUGGUUUUCAUAGAAAAUGUUGAGCGUUUAGAAGUUGGAGCACUAGUCUCUAUUAGAGGAAUUGGUCGUGUAAAAAUUGUGAAAUUUGUGCAGGCAGAUCCUUACUUGAAAGGUGUUGUCAUACCUGAGCACGACAGGGUUCCUGAAGGCGAGAGCGCAUUAGACCCAAAAGUUAUGCAAGUAAAGGAAGCUCUAUAUAGUUUAAAUAGCUUGGAAAUCAAGCUGAAGGCCCCCAAGGAGGCACCGUUGCAGACUCGAAUUGCCAAUUCUCUAAUGUGGAGUGAAAAGGAACUAGUCUUAGAUUGUGAUGAAGCUUUCAUUCCUUCCUUGCCCGAGCGUGUAUCCUUUGCAGCACUUCAACCGGUAUCAGGAUCAGGUGAAUCGGAACUUGCGAAGCUACAGCUAGAGAAGUUAAGGGCAAUGGAGCUCAAGGACACCGUCCAGAGGCUAGAUAAUUCCCUGGAAUUUGUUAAAGAUAAUAUCUCCAUGGUUGCAGCCAAGCUCGCUAUACAGUCAGUGGAGAUGCAGUAAGUUGUGGGACGAAUCCAUUCGAGGAUCACUCCUUCAUUGCAAAAUAUUAUUCCCACACCUGUUAACUCAUCAUCCUCUGAAUUAUGGCAGAUUUUGCGUGUAUAAUGUAUAUUGAAACACUAUAUCUUGGUUUAUUUUGUUUGAUCACAAUUACAUUUCUCGUUCUCAA